AUGAGAGGAGAAGAAACCCCCAAGAAUAACACAGGUGACAAGCAUCAAAGGGACCCUUCAGGAAGCCACAGCAGUGGAUCGAGGAUCCAUGAAGGCCUGGAUAUAUCUUGUACAUGUCUGCCAGUCGCUUCUGAAAUAGUCAACUUUCAAGAAGUCAAGAAGAUCAUGUCAGCCUUUGAAGAGGCGGGAGAAAACGAUUGUGAGGGAUCUAACCGAUAUGUAUAUCGGGACAAGAUAAUCGAAAGGUUCCGUUUGGGUAUCGAGAAAUUGUCAUGUGAGACACUCAAAGAAAUUUACGAGAGCAUCAUGGGGAAAAGUUUUCAGAAGAACGGAGCACGAAUAACCAAAAAGAAGUGA